AUGGCAUCUGUGGGCCCUCGAGUCUCUAAGGAAGAGUUCAUACUAGCGCUGGGUCUAAACCCCAAUGAUGCACAGCAUGAACAUUAUUACCGAGCGAUGCGAGAUGAAGCUAUCCUCGUCUACAACCGCAUGAAUGAGGAUACCUCGCAUCUCCUGGACAGUGUUCGCACUGACCCUUAG